AGAAAGAAGCAGCACAGUUCCACAGCCAUGGACGGCAGCCCUUCGCACGGCGCAGAGCCGACCGCUGAGCCGCUGGCGGAAGCGCGGACCGCCGACGAAGGCGCCAAGCCCCGCGAAGGCAAGAGGCACAAGAGUCGCUCGGGCCGCUCGCAGAAGCACAAGAGCAAGCAGGCCACGGCACGGAGGACCAGCGACGGGGCGUCACCUCGGAGGUCACACCUAUGGACAGGCGACCACCGAAUGGCGCUGAGCUCGACUUCAGGGACAAUGCAGGCGACGACCUGCGACGACCGCCGCCAAAGCGGGAUGGAUAUGACCACCGAAGCCCAGAGUGCGCUCAUUGAGGGGCGCAUGGCGGACCAGACUGUUCAUGACGAAGAGGGCGGGACCCGCGGGCACCGUUCCAAGCAUCGGCGCCAUUCUCGGCAGAGGGGUCCUAGUCUGACUGACAACAUGGAACGCGGGCCACGCACGGAGACGCGACAGGCGCUGCGCUGUCCCCCGCAUCCGUUCAGCGAGAUCGUGGCCUCGCUGAAGGCCACCACUCACGAGCAGGCAGGCCGCAAAGCGGUCGCCGGCGACGACCAGUCGCUCAAGUACUGCGUGGCGGUGUCGCUGUUCGUGCUGGUGUGCCUCUACUACGUGGGGUUCCUGGCCGCGUACACGCUGCUCAGCGGCCAGCCGCCGCACCGACCGGCCGCCUCGGGCCGCACCAUCGAGCUCUCCCACACGCAGUGGGUGUUCCGGCCGCGCUCGUCCCGCGAGCCUGCGAGGAGAACCGCCCUCGCGACCACCGACGCCCGCGGCGCCACGCAGGAGGGCGCCGAGGAGCGGCCAACCGUUUUGCCUGCCCUCAGCGGCUUAACUGUCAUUACUGAAGCACCACCACACCUGCUGACGUGCAUGAGGCGAAGACCACCGCUACCGGCCACUUUGCUGCUGCUGCUGCUGUCGCUCGCCCACGAAGUUGCGUGCAACAGCGUCGGGGCACCAGCCAGCGCCUGCAAGGAAAUGGAGCCCCGCCAUAACUUCAAGCCGCAGAAUCAGCACCAUGACUACCAGGUGACCGUGGUGCGUGCCAACCGGGACUUUACCGUGACCCUGGCGAGCCUGAACAAAAGCUGGCCUUUCAAGGGUUUUAUUAUGCGUAGCUUCCGCGUCAAGGGCAACAAGACCAUCUUCCUCGAGGGCGUAUUCGAAGCCAGCUCGCUCUAUCAUCACGUUCCGUGUGGCGAGUCCUUCAACCGGAGCGUCAUAACGCACAACAACCCGGCGGUGAAAACCUUGGUGACCGCUAAUUGGAAACCUGCAAAGUUAACCGAGCCGCUCAUCGAAGUUUUCUUCAGGGCGACCAUUCUGCAAACAUUCGACACCUACUGGAAAAAUGUAGACUCCAACCACAUACUCAUCAACUCGUCCCAAAACAUCAGAGGUGCACAGUUUCCACUGCUCCAGCUGGCGGUGGCAUUCCUGCUGGUUUGCCUUGAUUGACACCGGGCUCGGUGCACCUGGUGCUGCCACAAAUACCAGUGCCGAAAGCUGCAGACAGGGGACAACUUGGUGAAGGGCUACCCCAAGCCUUAACAGGGUUUUUCAUUGACUCAACCCAUCAUCCAGAUCGGGAUUAUCUUGUAAUAUAUUUUUUCGAUACUUGACCGUGGUUGUAAUCUUAAGCCGACUAGUAUAACACAAAUUUCCAUUGUAGGUAAAGCACACUUUUCGCUCA